CGCGAUUCUCUCCUGCGCCCUCUGUUUGCUACCACCUUUUCGAAGUGCUAUCGGUCCCAUAUCCCGCUCGCAAUCUUAGACAAUGUCGCAAACAGCCCUUCCGGAGAACGAUCUCUACGCUGUUGCAGAUUUCUGCCUCAUACCGAUGGGAACACCCGGAACCUCCGUCGCAGAAUACAUCGCUGAGUGCGCACGCGUUCUCGAAAAAACAGGGCUGAAAGUCAAGAUGCAUGGCUACGGUACGAACAUCGAGGGUCCGUGGACGGAGGUCAUGCAGGCCAUACAUGCAUGUCAUGCCGCUGUACACGCAAAGGGUGCACCGCGAAUUGCGACUGACAUUCGCAUCGGGACGCGUGUUGACCGUGAGAUUGCACCUGGUACCGGGAAUGAGGGCAAGGUCAAACGAGUGGAAGAUAUACUUGCAAAGGAUGCGACUUAAAUGGAGUCAUGUUGAACUCAAUCAUGAGGAGUAUCUAACUGUAUAACAUCUGUGAAAUAUCCC